UGGGGGGUGUGAGGGUCUCUGCCGAGGUGUGGCCUCGCGGUGCAGGAGCCGGGAGCCUGGCUGCGCCCUGGAUCUGGCAGGCAUCUGGCAGGCGGGGCCAGGGCGGGGCAAGGGGCGGAGCCUUGAGGACCCGAGCGAGCGGGUGCGGGCUGAGCUCUGAGGCUGCACUAGGCUGGAAGUGGAUCCCAAGCGCCGCAAGCACUAAUUGGUGUAGGAAUUGAGACCUUCUUCACAGUGGUUCUGUGGACAAUCACAAUGGGAAUCCAAGGAGGGUCUGUCCUGUUUGGGCUGCUGCUCAUCCUGGCUGUCUUCUGCCAUUCAGGUCAUAGCCUGCAGUGCUACAGCUGUCCUUACUCAACCGCUCGGUGCACUACGACCACCAACUGUACAUCUAAUCUUGAUUCAUGUCUCAUUGCCAAAGCCGGGUUACGAGUAUAUUACCGGUGUUGGAAGUUUGAGGAUUGCACUUUCAGACAACUUUCAAACCAAUUGUCGGAAAAUGAGUUAAAGUAUCACUGCUGCAGGGAGAACCUGUGUAACUUUAACGGAAUACUUGAAAAUGGUGGGACAACCUUAUCAAAGAAAACAGUUCUUCUGCUGGUGACCCCUUUUCUGGCAGCAGCCUGGAGCCUUCAUCCCUAAGUCAACACCAGGAGAGCUUCUCCUCAACUUCCAUUCCUGUGUAGUCCCUUUCCCUUGCCACCACAGUCUAAAGGCUUGAUAUUUUCCAACUAGAUCCUGUUGGGAAAGAAUAAAAUUAGAUGGAGCAACUUGAGUAAGAUAAAAGGGCUCUGGGAGAUUUUGAAGACCAGUCCUAUUUGCAGGGAAGCCCCACUUGAAGGAAGAAGUUUAAGAGUGAAGUCGGUGUGACUUGAACUAGAUUACAUGCUGCUUCCUUUGCUCUUGGGAGGACCAGCUUUACAGUGACAGCUUGAGUCGAUUCUUUGCAACCCUCAGAUAUUUUCCCUUUGGCUCCUUGGGUAUAGUCAAUUAGCAUCAUUAGUACAUUUUUGGAGGGUGGAGCAGGAGUGUGUGAGCAUUCUUUCUCAUAUGGAACACUUCGAUAAACUUCAGGGCUCCCGUAUUGCCAUGGAGGCAUGCCAAAUGUUCCAUAUGUGGGUGUCAGUCAGGGGCAACAAGAUCCUUCAUGCAGGGCUAGAGGACUUCUGGCAGGGAAGUGGGUAAGUGUUCCAGAUGGAAGGGCAUGAAAACUUAGUGAGGUACCAGUAGCUGAAAGUUUAGUUUUUCCCCAUCUUUUAAUUUUAUAUGGGCUUUGUUACCUUUCACUGGAAAACUGUAAUACCAUACAUUAAUAGUGUGUUAAAGCUAUUUUCUCUCCUUUUUUUUAAUUGGAAUGGUGGGAUAUCUUGGCUUUGCCACACACAGUUACAGAGUGGACACUCUGUGCUACAUGUAACUAGCAGUAUUAAGUGUCCUUAUUUUAAAUGUUACUGGUAAGGCCGUUCAGGUAUGUGUGUAUACAGUAUAAAUACAAUGGGAACAGCCUUUGGGGUUGCAGUUUGAGACUUCCAAAGGCCAUUCUUAAUAACAACAGAUCUGCAGGGGUGUGUUUUAUUCGUCUGCAUCCAGCCUCUUGUUAACUCCUAGCUGACUUAGCAUAGAUUGUAUAAAAUACUUUUGUAAGGGCUAUUAGCACAGUCACAGAUGUUUGAGGCUUUCAGAAGCUCUUUCUAAAAAAGGAUACAGACCUUUCAUAAAGGCAAACUUUUUCCUUUUCCCUGCACAUUCUAGUGAAUAGAUCUCAAGAUUCAGUAGCCCUAAUAUUUGUAUUAUGAUCUUGGCUGUAUUUAAUGGCAUAGCCUGACUUUUGCAGAUGCAGGAAUUUCUUGAUUAGCUUUUGGAAAAAAAAGAACCUUUGAUUACACUCUGUUGGACAAAUCAAGUACAAUGCUUGAUGCCUUUCAGAAAGUGAAAUAUAACAAGUGGAUGAAUGUGUUAUGGCCCAGAAAGAUAAGAGCAUAUGCAAUAUGCUUAAUGGUGGCAACUGAAAGACGAUAUCCUGAGCAGGGCCAGCUUUCUUCUGUUGAUGCCAUUGCCUGAACAUAGAAAAAGAGAGACUUGCUCAUCAAAACUUAGCAUUCCCGUGGUGCUCUGCGUUCUCUGUUAGCUCAGUGUCUUUCCUUACAUCAUCUUUAAUUCUCUGUUUCAAGACAAAAUGCUACGUGUGACUCUUUCCUCAGUAGGAUUUUUCUUUCUUUGGCUUGAGGAAGUACUGACCGUGCCCACAGCCACUGGCUGGGCAAAGAAGCUCAUUUUAUGUGAGUUCUAAGAAAUGAGAACCAAUUUUGACUAAGCAGAAAAUGAAUAUUUUGAAACUUUGUUAGGGGUGAGGGGGUGGGAAAUUCAGCCACACUCCAAAAAGCCAGGAGUUGGGCAGUUCUGGAAAUCUCUCUCAGGAUUCAGAUUCUAGGAUGAGAUUGGCUUACUGCUAUCUUGUGUCAUGUACCCACCUUUUGACCAGACUCCACUGGGAAGAAGGUAGUCCUCUAACACAGAAUCUGGGUGCUACUAAAUGGGGAGAUAAGGAGAGGGCUGCUGAGCUGUCAGAAUCAGCAAGGGAAAUAUAAUGGCUUUAAACUGUGGGGUUGCUUUCUGCAGAAAGUUGCUGACUCGUGCCCUAUGUGGGUAACCCCCCAUAUAGGCACCGAGGAAUGAGAGCUAAGCAGAACCCUGACACAGGGCUUGAGGAAUAUCUCACUUUAUAGUGUUAACACUCAGCUAUUUCCUUUUAUAUAAUCCUUUCUAUAAUAAUAUAUUAGUUGAUAGAAAUAGGGCUUGAUGAAUCCCUUUAUAUAAACCUCUCUAUAUAAUCAUAUAAUAGUUGAUAGUAUGAGUGCCUAAAGAAUAUUUCCCUACAUAUAUACCUAUAAUUAUAUCUUAGUUCAUAUAGGAGGAAUAGUGGACACAGUACAGAGCAUGAAUUAAGGAAUAAGCAGCUUAUAAUCAGAGGAAUGCCUAAGAGCAGACACAGUACAGAGCAUGAUUUAAGGGAAAAACAGUUAUGCCGGGACAAGAAUCCAUGGCCCAGGCGGCAGCGUUCAGUAUCGUAAAGAUACCCGCUGUAUGGCAGGCUUGGGGCGAGAGCCACUCCUCCUGAUAAAGGAGUUGUAGGACCUUGCUCCAGUUCUUGUGGAAGGCUGCCCUCAGAACGGCAAUCCACCUUGGUGACUGUGAAAUUUAUCAGCUCUUGCUACUGUGUUGCUUGAAAAGCAUCUUCCCAUAGAACCCAUUGGAAGCUGCCAGAAGGUGGCAGUAACUCUGAGAGCUCUGUCACUGCUAUGUGACUUAAAGCAUCCUCCUAUAAAUCUUAGAAGUAGUUUCACCAUAGAUAGAAGUAUUGCACACUGCGCACGGCCCACCUUCAAACCUCAGUGACCUAAUGGGGGCGGACCCCUUACUGUGCACAGCCCUUGCCUUCGUGGGAACGGGCCCCUUGCUGUGCACUGUCCACCUCCUGGCCUAGGUGACCUAAUGGGGGUGGACCCCAUGUUUUAUUGCUCACGACCCUAUCACUAUCCUUAAAGAUGAUUUCACUCACUGCGCUGCCCCCUAACCUAUACACAAUAAAUACUCAUGCUUCUGGACAUUCGGGGCCUCGCCUGACUCUGCUUAUAGGUGGCGUAGCCCCCCGAGCCCAGCUGCAUUUUUCUUGUA